UAGUAUAACGUACUACAUAAUUUAAAGUUACCCAUGUCUAGUCUUUGUCAUAGUCUCUGUGAUCUGUGAUGCUUGUCAUCUGUCAAAGUCAUUGAAUUAUUUGUCAUUCUAAAAUGUGCGAACUUUUCUAUUUUAUUUAUAAAAACAAAUCUAAAUAAAUGUUAUUUUUUUUACCUAUUUUAUAGAAAUUUUCAAUGUUUAUUAUAUUGUGGGUAAUAUAAUGAUCUUCGUUCAUGUGAAAAAUGCAAAGUAAUACAAGUCACUUCCGUUCACCAAUUAUUCCAACAGCUUCCACUUGCGAGGAUAUGACAGACAGUGCAUUUUUAUUUGUCGCUAACUUACCCCCAGAUUGGAACCAUAAUAAGAUUAAAUUGUUUGUUAUUGAAACAUGCAAAUCUCCUACAAUUGGGCAAUCAUUACAAUAUGUGACAAUUUUAAAAGAUGUAAAAAAUAAAUCAAAAGGAGAGUGCUUAUUGACAUUUAAAAGUCAAAAUGUAUGUCAAAUGGCUAUGAAAUUAUUGAGAGGCGCCAAAUGUGAAAACAAAAAGAUCAUAGUAAUGCAGGAUUCUGGUCAUCUAUUUGAACAUUUUGAAAAAUUUUGUAAAAACAAAAAUAAAAAUUCAUCAGCAAAAAAUACACUAAUCAACGAGACAAAAUCUGUUGAUCAAGUUGAUCAGCACCAGACAUAUGGACUUAGUAAAGAUUUUUUGAAAUAUCUCAAUAUAUCGCUGCCAUUAUUUAAAAGAAUAUUUGUUGGAAAUUUACCGCUAGAUAUAGAUGAAAAGAAAUUACGCCAACUGUUCGGAUACGCUGGACAUAUCUUUGGCGUGAUACUCCUGAAAUGUGAAGAUAGAACGAAAAUGUUUGCCAAGAUCGAGUAUGAUCAUCCAGUAGAAGCUGUACAGGCGAUAUCAAUGUUCCAUGGACAUCAAUUUAUGAAUAAAACAUUAGUUGUUAAAAUGGAAAACAAUCCAAAUGCGCAAUUUAAAUCAGUGGGUCCUGGUUUAGGACCCAAUGGACAACCGUUAAGGGGUAUUAGGUAUGCCGUAGAGUUUGAGCCCAUCAAGCAACUUUUCCUACAGGAACUUGCUAAAUUUAAAUCUCAAGAGGAAAAUGUGAACAGCAUGACCGUAAAUCAAGUGAUCCCACAAGACACCAUGGGUAUCAUGAACAACAUGAUGAACUUCCAGAACCCUAUGGGCCUAUUUAAUGUUAAAGCCUUCAACCCGCUCAGUCAGCAGAGUUGGUACGGCCUCAGCAAUAUGAUGAACAGUCAAGGGACACAGAACUUGCAGGUCUUGCAAGGGUUGCUGCAGCAAAGUAUGGGCAACGAUCUAUCUGGGUUACAUGUUCAAAAUAUGCCCAACACAGCUCAAAAUCUUUUGGGCAACAUAUCUCAGAAUCAAUGGGCCAAUUUGCCUCAAAAUCAGUUUACCAACGUGGCUCAGAGUAGUUUGGAAACUACAGAUAGAGAUCAGUUUGAUAACACGGAUUCGUGUACAGAAAAAAAGCUUAAAAGAAAAAUUUAUAGUGAUUUUUUAGAUGACCGUCACUAUUAUGAGAAAUUUUAUGACAAAUUUGAUAUAGAGGGUCCCAGUUGUAGUAAAUCGAAGAUCAUUAAAGAAUCAGACUCGAGGUAUCGGCGUAGUGAAACACCAGCAAGUGACGUUUCUGAUAGAGACGCUAUGACGACAUCGGACAUGUUAAUUUUCACCAAUCUUCCACCAAGUGUAACCACAAAAGCGCUGUCGAACAAAAUGAGCGAAGUGGGCGAAGUGAAGUUUGCGGAGAUGACCGGACAGAACAAAGCCAUCGUGAGGUUCACUAACGCCCGCGACGCAGAACGCUGUGUCAGACUAUUCGAUCGUUCUAAAGUGGAUGGGCAGAUAAUUAACGUGAAAUUCCUAUAAGUAAUGUGGAGUAUGCAGCUGAAUUCAAGAGUCGAUUUUAAUUUUAAAUCCUGGCUAAUUUAUAGCUAUUUAUUUAUUCUAGUUUUAGUGUUAAGUCAGUAUUCAAUCAUAUAAUUUUAUUUCAAUAAAAUGUGUUUGCAUA